AUGUCUGUGGCCCGGCAGCGUAGGCAAAAUCAAGCUCAAAAAUGGUUACGUAAUUAUGAUGUCUUCGAGCGUGAGGAUCUAGGAAAGGAGAACGGGAAUUGUAUAUAUAUAUACAUAUAUGGAUGUAUCUAUCUUGCAUGCAGAAUGUUUUUCCUGCACAUAUUCCUUUCCUUUUUUUUCUUCUUUCGUUUGCAGACUAAAACGGCCAUACUCUCUCAUAACCCCCCUCUCUAUUUUUCCUUUUUUAUUUUUGAUAGGAACUCUUUACAGCUCGAACAGUCAGUCAUUUCAAUCAAGCAGUCGCUCCCAUCCUACAUACCUCCCCUCAGUUCCUAG